AUGAAAGAGUCGAUCAUCGCUGCCAGCGACGGUGGGGUUUCGACCAUUAAGUCAACUAGCCACGACGUCUUCCAGUCUACCGAUGUCUUUCCUCGACAGUAUGACGGACGGGCUGUGAUUGGGAUUAGCUAUCAUGAGUCCCAGAGUGGUGCUAGCGAUGAAGAGGUUAUUCGAAGAUAUAAUGAGGCCAAGGAUAAGGGAGAAGAUCAUAGACGCACGGUGUGGGCAGGCGCCAGUGUGGGUAUUAUUGACAACGUUGUGUCGGUUGAUGUAUUGCUCAAAAGCAUCCGUCAUGAGGCCAAACUGGCCAUUGAAAGUGUCAUGGAACGGAUCUAG